AUGCACGCCUCCCUCAAGACGUUCCUGGCCCUGGGCCUCGCCUCGGUUGCUUGUGCUCAGCACACCAAGCAGGAUGACGAGAUGGGUCCCGCCGCCUUCAUGUGGCCGGCUGACAGAGUCUGGAGCGGAGACAUGGAUAACCAGGCUCCGUGUGGCUCAAAGUCUGGUGCUGCCAACAGAACCCAGUUCCCCUUGGUUGGUGGAAAGGUCGCUCUCGUUGCUCAGGAUGACUACUACAACAGCAAGAUCUCCAUCUCUUACAAGAACGAACCGACUUCCAACAGCGACUUCACCACCAUCAUCGAGGAACAGUCCGUCUCGGACCUGAACCCAGGCCACACCUGCGUCGACGUCCCCAACCCGCCCUCCUCCGUCGCAGCAGGCUCCAACGCAACCCUCCAAAUUAUCUACCGCGCCGACUGGGACGCGCCCCAUAACCAGACUUUCUACGCCUGCGCCGACAUCACCUACGUCGAGGCCGCCAACUUCAACACCCGCAUCCCCUGCUUCAACGCCACCGAGCCAGGCGAGGACGAUAUCGCCGCUACGGCGUCGCCUUCCGCCUCGUCUACCAAUGCCGCCUCCAACUCUGGUAGCAGCGGAAGCUCCGGAAGCAAGAAGCUUUCCGGUGGUGCUAUUGCCGGUAUCGUCAUCGGUGCUGUCGCCGGUGUUGGGUUGCUGAUUGGUGCGGCGCUCUUCUUCUACCGCAAGAGCCAGCAGAAGAAGCGUAACUCGAGACUUGCCCGUAUGGAGGAGAACGCGAAGCGCUCUGAGCACUACAACGCUGGCAAAGACUCGACUUCGCAGAACAGCAUUAAGUUGAACAACCUUCCCUGA